AGGAAUGCCAAAAUCACCACACAGGACAAAUUUACAGUCAUUUUACCCAAUAAUGAUAAUACUUACACAUCUCGCCCUGGAUUCAAAUUGUUGGAGGAUACGAAGGGAAGUUGACGGAGAAGAGGAAGAUAUAAUGCCAUCCGAAGAGUGUUAUCAUAAAUACAAUGAAGAAAACCAUUUCAAAGUAUUUUCAAAUUAUCUGAAUCGCAAGAACUCAUCGCAUUACUCUCCGAUCGCUCCAUCAUAUCAGCAAGCGCUCUUAAGGUUGCAGGUCAAGGGGCUAAAACACGGAGAGCAAAUAACAAAGAGUUCCGGCAAAUGUAACAGUAAGAAGCUGGACACGAUAAGUGCAGAAACCCCAUUACGGGAUCGCGCGUUGUGUAAAUUUGAAUAUGUGUUGAAUUACAAUCCAAAGAGGUUACCUGCGGCAUUGACAGAAGUGAAAUGUAGUUGCCCCAGGCCCAACUCAAAAUUAGUGGGGAAGCGGAUAUUUGAGUGCGAACAUCUUCGAUAUCAAGUGCGAGUAUUAAUGUGGGAUGACAGUUGUAAUACGUUUCGGGAGCACGUCGAAACAAUUGCACUAGCCUGCAUUCCAGUGAUUCAGGCAAAUGCGAAUGCGGAUGGAGAUGAUGACUUUAUCUACACAAUCAAAGCAGAAAUUCCAAUUUAACCAUUUUAGGCUGAAACGUUGUAUUUUUCUCUUAAACUAUUAUUUGCCCUCAAUCUCAAAACUGGAUUUAAAAUAACGGUUAACAAGACCUCGUGGUCAGAUCUUAUGGUACUGUCAAAUGCUCUUUUUAUUUUUUUUUGUUGUGAUAGCUCCGGUUUAGCUCUUUAAAUUUAUUUGUUUGUGAAACAUUUCUUGAAUUUGGCUAGUGUCUCGUCAUUUUAACCAAUUUCUCAGCGGCUAGUUCACUUCUCCUUUCUUUGCUCAGCCACUCGGCGUUUAUGAUGUUUUUUGUGAUCCGUCGCAUAAUUAUUCAAAGUGUAUUCAUUCACUUCUUGCCCUGAAAAGCCGUCUCUUCGUUCACGUGAUCUGUAAAUUGAUAGCUGGAAUCCGACAUUUUGUUGUAAAAAGGGACCAACUGUGGAAAAUGACGGAUUUUUGUGGGUUUUCAAUGCAUUUUCAACUAGUUAAUUUUUUUGUAUUUAAACAUUCGAAUGUUUGACCAUCACUUUCUGCAAAUAGUUUUGCGAUCUCCUCCCAACGAUCUCAUGUUUGUGCAAAGUCCAACUUGAACCUACUGAUCUUCUCUUCCACGUUUUACACGAUUACGGGUUAACCCCUUCUUCACUCCUCAAAAAUGCGUAAUAAAUUAUUUGAAUUUGAA